AGAUAAAAAUGAAUUGACUAUACAGUACUCCGUACUAUCGAAGGGGGGUGAUUUGAGGAGGAAGAAAGAACAGAAGAGCACUUCUGCUUCCGGGUGGUUACAGGUUACUUCCCGCAGAAGGUUCUCUACGCAAUAAAAAAAUUCUCUCUCUCUCUCUACAACAACGAAGCAAAUAUAUAAAGAAACUCGUGUAGUCGCAGUAUGCCUAUAAUAGUAAUAUACAAAGGGUUUCGUGAUUAACUUGUUCUUAGAGAUUUCUAUGUAAAUCUCUCCCUCUCCCUCUCCCUCUCCCUCUCCCUCUCUUCCUGUCUCUUCACGUAACCGAUUCGCUUGUAUCUCGCCGGCAGUUGAACGUUGCCUUUGAAUUGUUUUCUAUACUUAUCUUGCUUGGUCUGAUUUGGUUGUGUUCAAGAAAUCCCUUCGGUUGUCUUUGAUAUUUAUCGUUUGGGGUUUCGUUCUUUGCUUGCAGGAAUUGAUUGAUUCAUUUAUUUGUUAAAAAUAAAUUUAAGGUUGGAUGGUGGAAAAAAGUUAGGGUUUUGAUGAUUAAUCGUUGGUGGGUGUGUUGAAAAUUUGGUUGUUCUUUUAGAUAUUUAUGGUGGCCGGGGGACGACAAUCAGAGCAUAUUGAUAAUUUUUUUUUGGGUUUGUCUGGAAAUUUGGACUGAUUUAGCGGAUUUCCAUGUUGGGUUGGAGAAAUUAGGGUUUUGUUGGGGUCAAAGUGUAUAAUUUGUUUUCAUCGAUAAAAUCCUUGGCGGGUCUGUCGGGAUUUGGGCUGCUGGUUUUGCAGAUAUUAGUGGUAGGUUGGAGAUAAUUGGGGGCUUAUCAAGGAUUAAGGUCUAGAAGUGGGAAAUUCUCUAUUUCGGUGAGGGUAUUUCUGGGAAGUGGUGAAUUGGCUUAUCUAUGUUCAUCCUCGAAUUGGGUCAGUGGGCGAUGGUUUGACACGAGCUGAGAGGUUUUUCUGGCAAUUUGAGGAUUCGGACAUCAGAUUCUGGGUGUGUGUUUGCGCAGGGGUAUUGGACCAUUGGUGGUUUGUUUUUGAUCAUUUGUGGUUGAUUUGUUGAUUGGGUUAAGAUGAGUUCCAAUGUUUCUGAAGGUGUAAUUCAAAGGGGCAAGCUUCUUGUCCAUAUUGCCGAGAAUGGACAAUCAUUUGAACUCGACUGCGAUGAAUAUGCACUUGUUGAGGUGGUCCAGCAAUUCCUGGAAUCGGUGUCUGGGAUUCAGUUUAAUGACCAGCUACUUUUAUGUCUGGACAUGAAACUUGAGUCUCAGCGGCCACUUUCCGCAUAUAAUCUUCCAUCUGAUGACCGAGAAGUGUUCUUAUUCAAUAAAGGAAGAAUGCGAAGUAACUCAAUGCCUCCUGCGCCUGAGCAAGUUGAAAUUCUUGAAAUUGCAGACCCUCCAUCACCAUCCUCCCACAAACCUCACCCUUUGGAUGAUGCUUCAGACCCUGCUCUAAAGGCUUUACCUUCUUAUGAGAGGCAAUUCAGGUACCAUUACCAGCGUGGGCAUGCAAUUUAUAACCGUUCCCAACUCACAUUUGAGACUUGUGAAAGGCUUUUGAGAGAGCAAAAGGUACAGGAGAGGGCACUAGAGAUUGCUCGAGGUAAUUUGGAUCAUUUCUAUAGGAUGAUUCUCCAAAAUUACUUGGAUUUCAUGAAGUGUUACUCACAGCAGCACCGGAGCCAUUCCAUUCUUCUGGUGAACUUUGUGAGGGAUCUAGAGAAAUUGAAAUCUUGCAAACUUCUCCCUACUUUACAGACCGCUAAUCGCAAGUGCUUACUAGAUUUUGUGAAGGAGGACAUCUUGCGGAAGUCGGUGGACGAUUGUAGCAGUUCCCACCGGCAGUUUGAUAACAAGGUUUCAGAAUUUAAGCAGGAGUUUGCAGAACUAAAGCGCAGUGCUGAACAUUUGUUUUCUAGCAAAGCUUCAUUUCUUAUUAGGGAUUUGGAAGUUACUAUUAAGGAGCACCAGCGAUAUAUUAAUGAACAGAAAUGUAUAAUGCAGGCUUUAAGCAAAGAUGUCAAUACGGUGAAGAAACUUGUGGAUGACUGCCUGUCAAGCUCAUUGUCCUCUUCUCUGCGUCCUCACGAUGCAGUUUCAGCAUUAGGUCCCAUGUAUGAUAGCCAUGACAAGAAUUACCUUCCUAAGAUGCAGUCUUGUUACCGAUCAAUUUCUGAUCUGCUUGGUUUCUGCAAGGAUAAAAAGACUGAAAUGAAUGUCUUUGUGCACAAUUACAUGCAAAAGAUAGCAUAUAUUCAAUACACCAUUAAAGAUGUACGAUACAAGUUUUCUGUUUUCACUGAGGCAAUGAAGCGUCAGAAUGAUCAAUUUGAAUACUUAAAGGUGGUCCGUGGGAUUGGUCCUGCCUACAGAGCAUGCCUUGCUGAAAUAGUUAGAAGAAAGGCUUCAAUGAAGCUCUACAUGGGCAUGGCUGGACAAUUGGCUGAAAGGCUUGCAACAAAAAGGGAGGUUGAGGUCAGAAGACGUGAAGAGUUUCUGAAAGUACAUAGUUCAUAUAUACCUAGGGACAUUUUAGCAUCAAUGGGAUUGUAUGAUACUCCUAGCCAAUGUAAUGUCAAUAUAACUCCUUUUGACACUGAUUUGCUUGAUAUUGGCAUAUCAGACAUAGACCGUUUUGCUCCCGAGAAUUUAGCAGUGCUGUCUUCUAAAAGUGAGAAGCAUGGAUCUUUAAAAGGUUCAUUUUCUAUGUCUAAUGAUAGUUCUCAUUCAGCUGAAGUUGAAGAAAGUGCCGUGGACUCCCCUGAGAAACAUGAUUUUGAGGAGCUCCUUGAGGUUUCGGACUUGGUGGAGAUUGCUGGAACCAGUAAGCUGGAAGUUGAGAAUGCAAAACUGAAGGCUGAACUUGCUUCUGCUAUAGCCCUGAUAUGUUCCUUCAGUCCCGAAGUUGAAUAUGAAUCUCUUGAUGACAGUAAAGUGGACAAUUUACUCAAAAAUGCAGCAGAGAAGACAGCGGAGGCCUUGCAUUUGAAAGAUGAGUAUGUGAAACACCUCCAAUCGAUGCUAAAGAGUAAGCAAAUGCAGUGUGAGUCAUAUGAGAAGCGCAUUCGAGAAUUGGAACAGAGGUUGUCUGAUCAGUAUUUGCAAGGGAAUAGGCUUUCAAUCGAUAAGGACAGGUCAAACUUUGAUCUUUCAGCUGUGAAGGCCGAUGAUAGCAAGUCAGAGAUCUCAGGUGAUGGGGAAGCCCACAUGCCUUACAUGUCCAGUGAACCCAUGGAUGAGAUUUCUUGUGCCUCCAAUUCUUUACAUGGAAAAUUAGGGUUUUUGGGUAAAGAAUCAGGAAAAGUCCGAGAAGGGCUGGAUGAGAAUAUGACAGAUUCUUCUGCAAUGCUAAAUCCUCAGCUAGAUUCAUCAAUGCUAGAUCCACAUCGUGAUGAAGUGCAUGCCAAUGACAAAGAUGGAAAAGAUACAGUGGUGGCAGAUGUAGGCAUGGCGCUGGCAACCAGCGCCACUGGUGAUAGCAUAUUGCAGCCUCUGAAUGCUUUACCUUCUGACACAGCUGUUGAAGCUGGCUUGGAUUCUAAAAUUAACAGUGAUCUUGUGCUGGAAUUGCGAGGUGCACUUGCAGACAAGUCAAAUCAACUUGGUGACAUGGAAACUAAAUUGAAAGCAGUAAUGGAGGAGGUUGCCAAACUUGGGAGAGAGCUGGAAAUCAAUCAAAAACUCCUGGAUGAAUCUCAGAUGAAUUGUGCUCACUUGGAGAAUUGCCUGCAUGAGGCAAGAGAGGAAGCCCAAACCCAUCUUUGUGCAGCUGAUAGGAGGGCCUCAGAAUAUAGUGCAUUACGUGCCUCUGUUGUAAAAAUGCGCGGCCUUUUUGAAAGAUUGAGAAACUGUGUUUCUUUGCCUGGGGUGGCUGGCUUUUCUGAAUCCUUGCGUGCUCUAGCUCAAUCAUUGGCCAAUAACAAUGAAGAUGAUGGUACCGCUGAAUUCCGAGAAUGCAUACGGGUACUUGCUGAUAAAGUUGGUAUCUUGUCGAGGCAUCGUGCAGAGCUGCUUGACAGGUACUCGAAGGCCGAGACUGCAAUUGAACAGCUCAACAAGGUUUUGGAAGAAAAGAAAGAGUUGGUCAACACUUUGUACAUGAAGCAUCAGCUUGAGAAGCAGGCAAACAAGGAGAAGAUAUCUUUUGGCCGCUUGGAAGUCCAUGAGAUUGCUGCAUUUGUCCUUAAUUCUACUGGGCAUUAUGAGGCCAUCAAUCGGAACUGUCCUCACUACUACCUGUCGGCCGAAUCAGUAGCUUUGUUCGCAGACCAUCUUCCAAACCGGCCUACUUAUAUUAUUGGGCAAAUUGUGCAUAUUGAACAACAAACUGUGAAGCCACUGCCUCCCACUUCUGUUCGACCUGAGUCUGCCAGGGGAGAUAGCAUUGAAUUCAUUACUCCAGAACCGGGAACUAAUCGGUUGACCUUGAAUCUGGGAUCAACUUCAAACCCAUAUGGUCUACCUGUUGGCUGUGAGUACUUUGUAGUGACAGUUGCGAUGUUGCCUGACACCACCAUUCAUUCGCUGCCGCCUUCCUGAUCUUGCUAAUGGUAGAUGGACGUGAUGGAAGAAACUAAGUGUACAUAUAUAAAUAAUAUAGCAUGUUAACUGUUGGUGGGAGUUUAAGUUGGUUUACUUUCUGUACAGCUAAUUAUCAAUUAAGUUAAUUCUCCCCUUUGUACAUAAAUCUACGUUUCUUUUUAAAUAUGUCCGAACUGUGAAUAUUAUCAUGCAUUGAGAUGUUUAUUUGAUAAAAAUCCUCUUUCAUCGAAAAA